AUGUCUUUUGACCUCAACAAAGAGCUUGCUCUAUUGGUCUUACAGUACUUUCAUGAACAAAGUUUUAAGGAAGCAGCACGCAUGCUUGGUAGUGAAAGUGGGUUAUUCUUUGACUUGAAGUAUUUUGAGGACAUGGUGCUUAAGGGCAAGUGGGAUGAGGCUGAGAACUAUCUUUUGAGAUUCACAAAGGUCAAGGACAAUGACUACUCAAUCAAAAUAUACUUUGAAAUGAGGAAACAGAAAUACUUUGAGGCUUUGGACAAUAACGAUCGUUACAAGGCCUUGGAUAUCCUCUUGAAGGAUCUCAAAGUCUUUGCACAAGGGAAUGAGAAGUUGAUCAAAGACCUUAGUCACCUUUUGAUAGUUGAUAAUAUAAGGGAAAUUAAACCAACAUAUCGAGAUGCAAUUUCUGCGAGGAAGAAUUUGAUGUUUGAAAUUAAGAAAAUUAUAAUUCAACAUCCUCUUUUAUGUGGAAAGCUGAAACUUCCGGACAUUGAAAUUCACAGACUACGCCAUCUUCUCAAUCAAAGCUUAAAAUGGCAGAAGCAUCAAAAGCCUGAUCAAGAACCUGACCUUUUAAGGUAUCAUGACAGUAAUUCCAAUCCUUGUGCAUCUGCUCUAACAAAUUCAGGAAUAGCUACGGAGUGGAAACUUUCAACUAGUGGAAGACCAAGUAUGGAUUCUGAAAAGGGAAACUGCAAUGGAGUUUUGGGGGAUGUGAAAAAGCUUGCAAUUGAAGAAUCCCAUAACAAACCAAAUAAUGUAUUUGAGAUUGGUACAUCAUCUCAGUGCCAGUUCUUGCAGCUCCCUAAGCAUCCUGAAGUAAAAAAGAUUGUUAAACUGGCUUACAACAAUGGGGGAAAUUCACUUUUGGCAUUGGCAUCGAAUGGUAUUCAUCUGAUUUGGCUCUGGCCACGUACUGGCUUUAACUUGGAUGGCAAGGCUAGUGCUCAAGUUUGCCCUCAAUUGCAGCAACCAAAGGAUGGCUUCCAAGUUAUGAUCAAUGACCUUUCAAGUGUCAAAUGUGAAAACCCAGUUUCCUGUUUUGCAUUAUCAAAACAGGGUGGAUACGUCAUAUCAACAUCAGGGGGCAUGAUCUCCUUGUUCAAUAUGGUGUCAUAUAAGACCCUGAGAACUAUCAUGUCUCCACCACCUAUGGUAACAUGCCUUGCCUUCUACCCUGAAGAUAACAAUAUAUUUGGUAUUGGGUUUGAUGACUCUAGCUUAAUUAUAUAUAAUGUCCGUGAUGAUCAGGUUUUACACAAGCUUGAGGGUCACUCUAAAAGAGUUACUGCUCUAGCCUUCUCAAAUACUUCCAAUUUUCUAAUAUCUGGUGAUGCAAAUUCUCAGAUCAUUCAAUGGAAUACAAAUGGGUGGGAAAAGCAGAAAGAUAUAAACUUGCAAAUACACGAAAACCAAAUGCCUGAAUCUGACACUCAAAUUCAGUUUCAUCCAGAUCAAAUAAAGUUCCUUGUUGUAUAUGUUGGUCAUCUUGCAAUAUAUGACAUAACAGGCCUAAGAUGUGUCAAUGAGUGGGUUCCAGAAGUUCCACAGCUUAUCUCCCAAGCAACCUUCUCAUCAGAUGGUCACAUUGUGUAUUCCAUUUUGGUUGAUGGGACAGUCACAAUAUUUGAUGCAACAAAUUUUGAAAUUUGUUGUAGGAUUUCUACCUCUUCAUAUCUUCCUCCAAUUUCAAGUUUGAGCAUCUACCCAAUUUCCAUAGCUGCACAUCCACAGAAACCAAACCAGUUUGUUGUGGGACUCACAGAUGGUAGUGUUUAUGUGUUUGAACCUCAGAAGCCAGGGGGUAAUUGGAUCAAAAACCAUUGA